AUGGCUGGCAACUUUGAACAUCUCAGGCACUGCUUGUGCAGCAUCGGAGCGGGGCAUUUAAGAACCCUCACAAGUCUGUCUCGCAUGUCCUUGUUAGAAAGCCGCUUCAGAGGUCUUGCAAUUCACGGAAUGGUCCGAGAAAUGCAAAGCAUAAGCUCUCAGAGCCGCGAGCGCCAACGAGAAAUGUCACAAGGGCUCAUCGCGUCCUCGAUCCUGAUGGCGUGGUACAGCCCAAACCCAACCGAGUACAGUAGCUAUCUCAAAGGCACGCUUGCCUUUCUCGAGCCAUAUACGGCAGACAACCAAGCGCCCCUUGUCGCCGUACAAGGUCUGCAUUCCGCCGUGAACGAGCCACGGGGCGAAGGCUCCCUGGACAGCCCGCCGCAGCCGAUGCGGCAAGGGCAAAGACUCCUGGAAUCAGCGACCGCGUCUAUCCGCAGCCUUUGCAAGUGCAAGCUAGAUAGCGAGCUCGAGUCUGCGGCGAGAGAGCUCCUCAUCUUUCUUCAAAAUGUACGCCACCGAACUUGGCAGCAUCUGUCGCUCGAGGACCAGCUGUCGACCAUGUUCCCCAUCCGCAACUGGCUGCGCUUUGUUCCCCGUUCGCCAGACCGGUUCCUGUCCAAUGACUUCUUGCUCUACCUGUACAUGGCAAACUAUGAGACGGCCAUGCUGGCCAUGGGAACUGUCCUGCCUGCUGUACACCUCCCCCUGGCCAUGACGGAGAGGAGCUCCGGCGUAGCUCGACUACGAAUAUUCAUACAAGACGCCGUCAACGCACGAUUUUCAGGGGCUGAGAGUAUUGCAAACUCGCUUCCGGUGUACACUGCGUGCAUGGAAUGGCUAGCUCUUGCAGACGAGUGCGUGGAGAGUUACCAGACUCGCGGCGCGCCGGUGAAGGCCAUCUCGCGAUAG